AUGGCUUAUAGCUACAGGGCAGGAGGAUCAUCAAGACGUGAUGCAUGGGUCCCACUGGUCAACCAGCCAGCAGUCGCCCCAGUGGUUGCAGCCCCUCGCAUUGCAGCUCAGCCGUCGCAGCCACGGAGCAGGGGCAGCGACGUGGUGCAGUUUCUCUCGCGGACCUUCUACUUUACUGAGAAGGAGAACGCGCUUAUACGAGUUGCUCGGGUGGGGUCGCUGUACGGUCAGUGCUCGGUGAAUUGGAGAACAGAAAGUGGAUCGGCGCAGGAAGGCGAAAAGUAUCACGCUGGCAGUGGUACUCUCGUCUUCGGUCCCGGCGAGUCUCUCCGAAGCUUUGAGGUCCAGGUCAUCGACGACGAUUUUUUCGACUCCAAUUUGGAGUUUGAGUUGGUGCUAGAGGAUGCCAGAAACUGUGUCAUCGAGCCGGCGAGUGCCCGAUCUACGAUAAUGAUCAUGGAUGAUGAUCUGUUUCCUGCAAACGAGCUGGAGGAAGAGCUGAAGAAGGAAGACGAGGCCGGACUGUACACUAUUGGUUGGCAAGUGCUGUGGAGCUUUAUGAAGUUCAGCUAUGGGCACGUUCGCGAGAUCCGGUGGAAGACCAACGUGGUCCUUUUACUGUCGAUGCUAGGGAAUGCGUACUACCUUGGUACAAUCUUCAUCCGUGUGUACUUGGUUGAUACAGUUCUCAACACAAGAGAUGAAGAGUCGUCAUCGCGACUGCUGAUCCCAGGGGAUCGGAAUGGUACAGCUGUUGCGCUUGCCUUGGCAUGGAUUCUUCCCAACUUUAUUCUGCUGGGCUCCGACUAUUUUGAGAUGGCCGUUCUGGAGAUGGGUUUCAACAUCCGCUACUACCUGCGAGUGAACUUGUUCAGAAAGUACCUCCACUACACACAACAGUCGCGAGCUCGUGUGCCCAUACAGGACCUCAAGAUCAGCAUGAUGGACGAUAUCCCAGAGCUAGUCUCCCAGGGCUACCUUGUUGUUUUCGAACUGUGGGCCAUGCUGGGGAAAAUUGCGUGCAUUGCGUUCUUCAUGCUGCGGAAGCACCCUAACAGCGCUGUUCCGCUCUUCGUUUAUCCGGUGAUCCUGGCGCUGUAUAUAAGGUGUACGUACCACAGGCGGCUAGACCUCAUGGCGAAAGAAGGAGAGGGCCAAAGCGACACGACAGGAGCUGUUAUGGAUCUGAACACUUCCCGCCGUUUGCUUUCCUUGUAUAGCGGGAAUUCAGCGGCGGUGCGAAACUUUGAGGACAUCUUGCGACAUCAACGAAGCCUGACAAUGGAUCUCAAACGGUUCCAGUUUUGGAACGCGCAAGUCAUUCCGUGGAUCACCCUCCUCGCCAUUGGCAGCUACAUGGCAUCGUCACCAAAGGUGGUGCUCUCUGGCGGGACGUCGUUGGGUUCCUUCCUCGCGACGGUGAAUGUAUACAAGGACCUGGGCGACCGUUUCUCCACAAUACUGAAAGGCUUCACAGCUCUGAGCAAAUCGAUCUCACCAUUGUGCGGGAUCACCCUCCAAUUGAACUAUGAGACAGAAGUUCCGGCAAAGAAGGAACUCUUCCAGAGGCGUGAAUCGUUCACCUUGGACUGGUUAACUCAACAUGCACCGUCGGGUGCAUCAUUGGACGACGUACCCAUCGUGUUCACGGAUGCCACAGUCGUGCACAGCCCCAGCAUGAAAAGAAAAGCUUUCUCCGCGGAAGCACCGCAGGGAUCAAUCAUCCAGGUGGCUGGUCAUCAUGACGUUGGUAAAAUGACGCUCCUCCAGCUGAUCAGUGGACACCUCUCUCCGUCUACCGGUGAAGUGGUGAUCUCACCACAUCUGGAGGUUCUCUAUGUUUCCCACGAGCCAUUGUUUAUUCAAAGCACCGGACUGUUUUGCAAUCUUCACAUGAUUAGCACGGUCGAUGAGAUGGAGGGUGUGAACAUUGAGCGAGGCCUCAGAAUCCUUCAUCGGUUACGGCUGGACAAGCCCUGGAUCAAGGAGCUGUAUGAGUCUGAAGCCGCGUCAUUGCAGGAAGCCGCCGAGGCCAGUCCCACAUCAGAGGACGGCAUGUUCGGAUGCCUUGGGGAGGAGGAGAAGGAGGAGGACGAGGAAGCGGAUGAAGACGGUGACGCAUGGUUCGAUCGACUUAGCACAAGUGAACGGGUUCGGUUUCAGCUGGCACGAGCGUUUGUUGCAAAUCCGCACGUUCUCGCAAUCAAUCGUCCAGUGCAAGAUCUGGAUGACGAUAUGAGGCAGGCAGUGCUGUCCUGCAUGAAAGAGUUUGCCCAGAACAGAGGCUUGGAGGUUGACGAUGGGUUCGACAUCCGGCAAAGGCGUCCGCGCACAAUCAUCUUCACCACUGCGGACUCGGUACGAAUUGACAUUGUGGACACUGUAUGGCGGCUGUCGACUGACAGCGGCGUUGCUGUGGAGAGGUCCAGCAUGCUGAAGCCCCUCACGUCCCCGAUCAGCGGCCUGGUGGACAGGAAGCAGGCGUUGCAGAGGGAAGAGAAGGAACGGGAACCAGCAAAGAACCGAAGACGGGUUAGGGGCGGUGGUUGCGGAGGUGGGCAGGGGAGGAAGGGCGAGAAGGAGGCAGAGAAGCAGCAAAAGGCAGUGCUGAGAAUAAAGCAGAGUUGGGGGCGGUGGGAGACGAUGGGGCAGCGGGGGGAGGGAGCUUGUGCAGCGAGCCCGGUGCCCGGAAAGAGAAUUCAAUGGGGCGAAAGAGCGUUGGGUAUGGCCUGGGAGGUUGGCAGAGCCGGAGCCGCCGAUCUCACGCAGUCGGCUGCGGUGCUAUUUGGCUUUGCAGGGCUGGCCGCCAAGCCCGCUCGAGCGGCUCAAACCAAGAGUGCUUUGUCCACGGAGGACAAAAUCGCGAUUCUGAAAGAGGUGCAGAGUAUGGGCGAUGUUGCAAUGAGUGCACCGACAGUGGAGGAAGAAGAGGCUGCAUGGACGAAAAUGCUGGAGCGCUUCGCGGGGCUUCCGGACAUCGAGGUUCGCGUGCGCAGCAACCGUGGCAACUCACUAGCACGGCAAGGCAAGCUGAAGGAAGCUCUCGAGGAUUAUAACCGUGCGAUCGAGCUGGUCCCCGAGGCAGUCGAUCCUCAUCUGAACCGUGGGGCUGUUUAUGAGUCCCUGGGCCGGCUGGAGGAUGCUCUAUUAGACUACGAUGUGGUUCUACAGCAGGAUCCCGGUGACCCGGCUGCCUGGAACAACCGUGGCAACGCCUUACUAGGCCUCCAGCGAUUUGAAGAGGCCAAGGAUUCGUUCCAGCAGGCUCUCGACAUCUCGGGCUCGCAGCGCUUCGCCUUUGCCGGAGUGAACCUUGCUCUGGCACAAUACGAGCUUGGCGAGGACGACAACGCAGUUCAAACACUGCGGAAGCUGCUAGCACGAUACGCCGAGGCUUUUCCCGAUGCGCGUGCUGCCUAUGCAUUAAUCAUGUGGGACAAGGACCCCAUCCUUGGAGAGUCAGAGUGGGACCGUGCCACGGCCGCGGAUCCGCGCUACCGGUCAGCUGAGUGGGUUCAAGGCUUUCGCCGCUGGCCCCCUCGGCUCCUGGGUAUUUUCAGACGCUUUGCGUCUACCACUUCCGUCAAGGUGAAAUGA